ACAUCCCUCAAGCCAAUUUCGAAAAGUUUGAGAGAGAGAGAACACAGACGACACCAAGUUUCUUUCAAUCUCGUUGCCGCAGAUAUUAACAUUUGCAAUUCUCGGAUAAAUCUCUCCUUCUGCGGCGGCGAAAAAAAGAAGAAAGAAAAACUCCCAACGAACAAAAAAAAAAGUUUGAACCUUUUCAUUGUCUGUUCUAUCCCUCUCUCUCUCUCUUCAAGAAACCAAAAAUGGCUCGUUCUCUCUCUGACGUUAAGCUCGUAUCUGCUUUCGUCUCUCGAGAACUCUCCAAUGCAAUCUUCCGACGCGGGUUCGCGGCCACGGCGGCGCAAUCGAGCGGUGGAAGAAGUGGAGCCGUUGCUUCGGCUGUGAUGAAGAAGAAGGGAGCGGAAGAAUCGAACCAGAAGAUUUCUUGGGUUCCAGAUCCCAAAACCGGUUAUUACAGACCGGAAACCGGUUCCAAUGAGAUUGACCCAGCGGAGCUACGAGCAGCUCUUUUGAACAACAAGCAGUGAUUAAAUUAAUUGAUUAAAAAAAGGGGCAGCUCUUUUUGAUUAAUUAUUUAUUGUCUUAAUAAGAGGAGAUUAGGGGAAUUAAGGGGUAAUGAUCUGCUGCGGUGAACCCCAUUAUCAUCUGCUAAUUGCGAUUCUGUAAUAAAUAAAUAGAGAAACGUUUGGUUCCUCUGUUUUGUAACAAAAGGAUCGUUUGAUGUAUGAUGUAUUCAUAAUAGAGUUAUUUUUCUUUCUUAAAAC